AUGUUGACAAGAUUAAAUUUUUUACGAAGAGGAUAUUCUAUUCCUCAAUUGAUAUUAACUAAAUAUCGACCAAUGCAUUUAACAUCAUUGUUGUCAACACAAAGUAAUAUACCGCCACCACCAUCAUCUACAAAAAAGGAUUCCACGACUACGUCAACACGUUCUCCUUUGUCACCAAGUGAACUAACCGAUGCUGUUCUACGACGUCUACAUUUUCGGGAACAACGUGGUGUUGUUAAAGCACUUAUUAUUGGAUCGGGAAUUGUAGUUGUAUCGACUGUUCUAUUUUUAUAUGUUUUUCGAACGCCAUUAAAAAAUCAAACUGUUCAACAAGUUGCUGAUGUGGCAAGAAGUAGUUUAGAGCAAGAUAGUGUAAAACAACAAGUAAAUCUUUUAUCACAAGAACUUAUACAAAAUCUUUUAUCGGAUCCAAAUAUAUUAUCAAAAGCUCUUUUAUUUCUUGAACAUGUUAUGGAUAAUCCUUCAACAAAAGAAACAUUAAUUCGUCUUUUACAACGUUUAAUGACUGAUCAACUAAUGCAAAAAAAUGUAUCGGAAUUUACAUCACAAAUAAUAUAUGAUGUUAUGAAAAAACCUGAAACUGAAAUUCAACUUGGACAAUUAUUUCGACGUGCUAUUUUACAAAAAGAUAAUCAAGAUGCGUUAUAUAUAUUACUAAAAAGCUUAGCUGAUGAUGAAAAAACUAAACAAAUGUUAAGUGAUUUAGCAACAGAAAUAAGUCAUCGAGUAUUAAAUGAUGAAACUGUUAAAUUAGCUGCAACAACAUUUGUUAAAGAUAUACUUAAUGAUUCAGGUUUACAAGCACAAAGUGGAGAUUUUGCAUGGAAUGCAGUUAAGAAUGCAUUAAAACCUAAAUGGUUUACUAGUCAUGCAAAAUCAACAACCCUGGAUGAAAAACAAAAAACCGAUGAAUAUGUAUUAGAAUCUGAUUUUGAAAAUUCUAUCAUUCUACCACCAUUUGCACGAUCAUCAUCAUAG